AUUCUCUGAGCGCGCAAACGAACGAAGAACCUUCUUAGAAGCCCAAACGGAUUCGCUCAACACUUAAUUCGCACACACACUAGCGGAGACUUGAACGAUGAGUUCAAGAGCAUUGCUCGAGGAUUCUCACCAUGAGAAGAAGGACUCUGCCAUAACUUGAUUUCAGAUGUAGGAGCGUGAAGCCACUCUAAGAGAUGAUCUUAGAAGAUGUGCAUCGUCUCUCUUAGAGGAGACUGGUGAGAAAAGUCAAAGUUGAUCAACGACAAGAUGGCGUUGUCUACAACGAGCUUCUUGCCUUGUGUGCUUUACUUGUGUUUAAUUUGUUUAACCACAUCAAUGGUUGGGGCUGGAUUGCCUCCUAGGGACAAGGUCGAUCCAAACUCAUCCAGGUAUACCAUUGGUUCCGCUUUAACGUAUCUGGGCAAAGCUGUUCUCACUAACGCUCUCCUCGGAGGACGAGGUUUUUCAAUAUUAGACGACCUUCAAUCCGCGAGCAUUCAAGACUCAACAGAUUGUGUGAAGCGUCUAAUUUGCGAGCUGAAAUCAAAACCUCGAUUGGAUUGGGACGAAGAGCUCAUCAUGCGAACUAUCCCACCCAACCUGGACUACGCAUCUCCUAUCAUUCAGUUCCAAUUGGCGGCUGAUCUGGGUCAAAGGAAUCCCCAGCAAUGCAGUGUGGUCUACAGUCGUUGCUCUUUCAAUGGGAUCGACAUCAUGAAGCUCAUGCGACAACGGGGAACGAGUUUGGAUAUCCCAACCAGCGAUGAAUACGAUUGCACGGUACUGUUCUUAUGGAACAAGAAAUGGAGUCUCAAUAACUCCACCGAUAACGAGGACGGGAACGAGACCGAAGAUUAGCCGACUCUCUUAUGUGAUAGCAACUUUUGUGUUUAUGAAAUACAGUAACCAUUUCCUUUCA